GAGAGAAAAGCAGGAACCGCUCGACUCAUCCCGUCCUCCGACCAGGGAUUUCAUGUAUUUAUUUAUCUCGGAUACUGGUCCAGCUACCGGGAAAGCCUAAUUUUAAACCGUCCGCUGAAUACCCUUCAGGAAAGCAGGGAAUGGAGGUCAGAUCGGCAGCGCAGGGCUGGGCAGGCGCUGGGCGGGUCGGUUUGCUGGCCGCGGUGCUGCUGUGCGUGUGGUGGCGGGCGGCGGGCGAGCGGCUCCGCUACGCCAUCCCCGAGGAGCUGGGCAGAGGCUCGCUCGUGGGGCCGCUGGCGCGGGACCUGGGGCUCAGCGCGGACGAGCUGCCGGCGCGCAAGCUGCUGGUGGCAUCUGCCGGCAAGAAGCAGCUGAAAUACUUCACGGUGAAUGAGGAGAACGGCAACCUGUAUGUGAACGAGAGGCUGGACCGGGAGGAGAUGUGCGGCGAGUUGGCUUCCUGUUCUGUCAGCUUCGAGGUGCUGGUGCACAAUCCGCUGAACGUUUUCCACAUCGAGGUGUCUAUUGAAGACGUUAAUGACAACUCCCCGACCUUCAGGAAGGGGACUUUGGAUCUGGAGAUCGGUGAAUGGACCCUUCCCGGUGCUCGUUUUCCUCUGGAGACGGCACGUGACGCUGACGUGGGGAGGAACUCGCUGCUGACUUACCAUCUCUCCCGCAAUCCGUCCUUCUCUUUGGCCUUAAAGGAGACCCCAAACGAAAGCAAGCAGCCAGAGUUGGUGCUGGAGACACCUUUGGACCGGGAGAAGCAGAGCUCUUUUGAGCUGGUGCUGAUGGCGGUGGAUGGUGGGGAACCCGCCAUGUCCGGGACUGUCCAUAUUCUGAUCAAAGUGGCGGACGCAAAUGACAAUCCACCAGUUUUCAGCAAAGCUCUCUACGAGGCACAGAUUGCGGAGAAUCUGCCGGCGGGAUCUUUGGUUCUGAAGGUGGUGGCCACAGAUGCAGACGCAGGCUCCAACGGACAGGUCUCCUACGUCUUCGGCAACAUCCCAGACGUCGUCAAAACGUUGUUCUCUGUGGACAGUGAAAGUGGGGAAAUAAGGUCGGUGGGUCCCCUCGAUUUCGAGGAGAAGAAUAAAUUCAUCUUAAGUCUCGAGGCCCGGGACGGCGGGGGUUUGGUGGCGCACUGCAACGUGCAAAUACACAUCACGGACGAGAAUGACAAUGCGCCCGAGAUCACCAUUCUAUCCCUGUCCAGUCCCGUGCCCGAGGACGCACCCGUCGGCACCGUGGUUGCCGUGCUGAACGUAGACGACCCGGAUUCCGGGGAGAACGGUCAGGUGUCGUUGGAGCUGUCGGGGGAGGCGGCGCUGUCGCUGGUGGCGUCGUCGGGCGGCUCGUACAAGGUGGUGACGGCGAGCGCGCUGGACCGCGAGCAGGCGUGGGAGCAGCGCGUGACGGUGGUGGCCCGGGACCGGGGCAGGCCGUCGCUGCGGAGCAGCAGGGAGCUGGUGCUGGAGGUGUCGGACGUGAACGACAACGCGCCGGUGUUCGAGGAGGCGGCGUCAGAGGGUUGA